GGGGCGGGACCUGGGGGAAAUGUUGAUGGGGGGGGCGCGUCUGUGUAGAGCGGUGCUGACAGAGCUGAUCAGGCAAGGCUCCGGAGUUGGAGGACCUGGGUGACGCUCCCAGUGUCGCGGCGAGCGGAUUUAAGAGUGGUGGCCCCAAACCUUCACCCCCAGUCCCCGAGGCCCUGCCAUGGCCCAGCAAAGAGCCCUGCCACAGAGCAAGGAGACCCUGCUGCAGUCUUACAACAAGCGGCUGAAGGAUGACAUCAAGUCCAUCAUGGAUAACUUCACCGAGAUCAUCAAGACCGCCAAGAUUGAAGAUGAGACACAGGUAUCCCGGGCCACUCAGGGUGAGCAGGACAAUUAUGAGAUGCACGUGCGUGCUGCCAACAUUGUCCGAGCUGGCGAGUCCCUGAUGAAGCUAGUCUCCGACCUCAAGCAGUUCCUCAUCCUCAAUGACUUCCCGUCGGUGAACGAGGCCAUUGACCAGCGAAACCAGCAGCUACGGGCCUUGCAGGAGGAGUGCGACCGGAAGCUCAUCACCUUCUGAGAUGAGGUCUCCAUUGACCUGUACGAGUUGGAGGAGGAGUAUUACUCGUCCAGCUCAAGUCUUUGCGGAGCUAACGAUCUGCCUCUGUGCGAAGCUUACUGGAGGCUGGACCCCGACACAGAUUCUGCUGAUGGCCUCUCUGCCCCCCUGCUGGCGUCCCCGGAGCCCAGCGCUGGUCCACUGCUGGCUGCAGCCUCUGCCCACUCCCACACCAGCGGCCCUGGUCCCACAGAGCACGCCUGAACCUGCCCUGCCCACACCCCGGGGUCUCAGGAAAUCUGGUGGUCCUCUCAGCUGUGGGAGUGGCUAUGGCUUCCUUGGGAGCCACAUCAGCCCAGGGCUGGGCCUCCUGGGAAUUUUAGGGGGAAAGGCAUUCUUCUAGCCAAUUCCAGAACAGUCCAGCCUGCAUGGAGUCCCUGCCUUUAUUCACUGCCUUCCAGGCCCCUGGGUGGAGAGAAAUACCAACUGUUUGUCCCUAAACAGACACAGACGGGGCAGGGACCAGACUGACUAGAGCACGUUGUUCAAGAUGCCUAUAAAGGAUGGGCCAAGUCCAGACCCUGCCCAGGCCGGACCUCCCUUGCAAAGUGUCUGUUCUGGGCCAUCCUUACGAGUGGGUGCUUGCUCAUGCAGAGGCCAGCUGUCGUCCUGGUUCUGCUGCCCGCCACAUGUGAUCUUAUUUUUGUAAUAAAUGUGAAGUAAAACCUGUA